UUAUUGUAAAUGAAUGUAACGAGAUCUGAAAUGCAGAGAAAUAAAAGUUUAUAAUCUUAAAUUAUUUCAUAUUAAUUUUAACUAAUGAAUUAUAACAGAUAUUUAUAGUGAAAUUAUUGAUUUAAUCUUGUGUAGUAAAGUGUUUUCUUACUAUUUCGAUUGUGUGAAUGGAGCAAGUGGAGUAACAAUGUUUGUGUCAAUAUUGCAAAGAGAGGUUAUGUUUACAUUCGCUUCUUAAAAUUUGGCUCUGUCUGAUCGUACCUGUCCAUAGCUACUUUCUUUAUGUCGGCAAAUUCUGUUUGAAAUUUUAUCAAAACAUAUCACGAUAUAUUAUUUUUCUCUUACUGUGGAUCCAAAGUUAAUUUUAUGGAGACUGUUAAUUGAGAAACAUAAAUAUACUUCAAGGAUAUUUCCAAAUGGGUACCACAUUGAGCCGAUACGACGAUCUAUCAAAAAAUCCUUAUCUAGAAAAAUUAUGUAGUAAAGAAUAUAUUGAUCCAAAAGAUAUAUUCUGGAGUAAAUUUUUAUCAUUCAAUAUUCGGCCACCUGUUACAAGAAAUGAUCAAAUCGAACUUUUCUCAAGAUUGGAUACAAGCUGUCAACAGUUACUUGAUAAUAACUUGAGUACUGGAAAUUUUGGUUCAUUGGUCGAUGUAGCUUUAUCGAGAAUUGAGGAAUUAGUAACUCCAUUACAAACUCAACAUUUAAUGUCUGCAUGGCAAGCCUACAAUUCUCUGUUUGCAAUAAGAUGUAUUCUUCAAUAUUUAAUGGAAACAGUUGGCGAGCAAGUAAUGAUACAGUACAUAGAGGCUGCACCUAAUUUGUCUGAAAAUCAGACACCAUGGACGAGACUGGAACUUCUUAUUGAAUCAUUAUGUCGAAUAAUUACUGACUUACCUUUAUGCGAUUUCACUUACAUUGUACAUUUAGAAGCAAUAUAUUGUUUACUGGUCCUUCUCUCAGUGCAAUUAUUCUCACAAACAUCAGCAGACUAUAGCCCAAUAUACGGAAUAUUUAUGCGUUGUCAACCGGUGACAUUACACGCUCCGAUGCUUAUAUGUUCUUUACUACAUAAUUUUACUCAACAGCAACAUGCUCCUUCAGGUUUACUUACAAAAGAAGCUGGUGGUAGUUUAGUAUUUAGUCUAGCAGCUGGUUUAUGGAAUGUAAUUACAAGGGGAAUGGGUAAUAGUUUUAAGACUAUUCACGUCACAAAUAAUGGUUUAACUAAUGAAGAAGAAAAAAAACGUGACACUGAAACUCCUUUAGCUAGUCAAUCACUUUUAUUAUUAUUAGUAUUAACUAAUCACUGUACUUCGGUUCAUAACCCAUACAGAGAUGCGCUUUUUAGUUUUACUAACAUUCACGACGAUCAUACCAACGUUGCUGAUAAAUCUAGUACUCCAUUCCGAUUUAAUUUAAAUAAAAUGUAUCAUACGAUUUGUAAACUAUCAAAAAAAGAUGAAGUUACUCUGUUAUUAUACAUGCUGUUACAUCGAAAUCCUAAUGUAAAAGAGCAUAUCAUUAGUCGUGCGGACAUUCAAUUGCUAGUAUUGCCGAUUCUACAAAUUUUGUAUCACGCUCCAGAUAAUACAUCACAUCACAUAUAUAUGUCACUCAUAAUACUUUUAAUGUUAAGCGAAGAUGAGUCGUUCAAUAAAAAAAUACACCAAAUCAUGUUGAAAGGAAUCACUUGGUAUACUGAACGAUGCAUAAGUGAAAUUUCUCUUGGAGGACUUUUAAUUCUUGUUGUAAUUCGAACAAUACAAUAUAACAUGUUAAAAAUAAGAGAUAAAUAUUUACAUACAAACUGUUUAGCUGCUUUAGCUAAUAUGUCAGCUCAAUUUCAUGCUCUUCAUCCUUAUGUCAGUCAAAGACUAGUAAGUCUAUUUGAAACUUUAGCCAAGAAGCAUGCUAGAUGUGAGAUGAGAAUACAAAUACAACCUCAUGUUAAUAACACACAAGAAGUAGCUAUAAAAGUACAAGAAGAUAUGAGUCAUGCAGAUUUAAUACAAGAUUUAACAAUACUCCAAGAAGUAUUGCGAAUGAUUUUGGAAAUAAUUAAUAGCUGCUUAACGCAUCAACUCGCGCAUAAUCCUAAUUUAAUUUACACACUUUUGUAUAAAAAAGAUAUUUUCUUACCAUUUAGAGAUCAUUCUGCAUUUCAAGAUAUUAUUCAGAAUAUUUAUGCGCUUAUUAAUUUUUUUUCAUAUAAACUUGAGCAGAAUGAUCAAUCACAAAUAGGUGUAAGCGAAGUAUUAGAGACUAUUCAACAAGGUACAAUGCAAUGGCCGAAAGACCGAUUACGAAAAUUUCCUGAACUUAAAUUCCGAUACGUUGAAGAGGAACAACCAGAAGAGUUCUUUAUUCCGUAUUUAUGGAGUAUUGUUUAUCAGACGGCUUUACUUUAUUGGAAUAUUGAGAAUAUUAAAAUUUUUUCGCUUAACAGUGAAGAGAAAACAACUGUAAUAACUUGCUAAUAACCAACAGAUAGAUGAUAAUUAUUUUUUUCCAAAUUUAUGUGCGAUAUUGACAAAUAACCUCAGAUCAAUUUUAAUAUAUUGUGGAUACGAUAUUGAAAAGGAUCGUUUAUAAUCAGUUAGAUAUAAAAAUUUUCAUACUUAAACAAAAAAAAAGUGUUAACUAUUUAGUAUUAUGUAUAUUUGUAAUUAAUAAAUUUGUAAUUAUUAUAUACGCAACAACAAAAUUAAAGAAAAAAUA